UAUGAAUGCUGUGAGUGCGGGAAAAGUUUCAGUCACAUCUCUUCACUUAUCUCUCACCAGAGAGUCCACAUGGGAGAGAAACCCUAUGAAUGUUGCGAGUGUGGUAAAAACUUCACCCGAAGCUCAAACCUUACUAGGCAUCAGAGGAUCCACACAGGAGAGAGACCCUAUGAAUGCAGUGAGUGCGGGAAAAGUUUCACUCACCUCUUCUCUCUUAUCUCUCACCAGAGAGUCCACACAGGAGAGUAUCAGAGGGAGAGACGCUACAUGUGCCAUGAGUGCGGGAAAAGCUUCAAUGGGAGCUCAAACCUUACCAAACAUCAGAUAAUCCACACGGGGGAGAAGCCCUACACGUGCUCUGAGUGCGGGAAAAGCUUCAAUCAGAGCUCACACCUUAUGACACAUCAGAGAAUCCACACAGGAGAGACACCCUACACGUGCUCUGAGUGCGGGAAAAGCUUCAAUCAGCGCUCUACCCUUAUUAGACAUCAGAGAAUCCACACACGGGAGACACCGUACAUGUGCUCUGAGUGCGGGAAAAGCUUUGGGCAGAGCUCUCACCUUAUCACACAUGAGAGAAUCCACAAAGGGGAGAAGCCCUACAUGUGCUCUGAGUGCGGGAAAAGCUUCAGUUACAGCUCAGUCCUGAGCACACACAGGAGAAUCCACUCAGGGGAGAAGCCCUACACAUGCUCUGAGUGUGGGAAAAGCUUCAUUUCGAGCUCUCAACUUAUCACACAUCAGAGAAGCCACACAGGGGAGAUGCCCUUCACGUGCUCUGAGUGCGGGAAAAGCUUCGGGCAGAGCUCUCACCUUAUCGCACAUGAGAGAAUCCACACAGGGGAGACGCCCUACACGUGCUCUGAGUGCGGGAAAAGCUUCAAUCGGCGCUCUACCCUUAUUAGACAUCAGAGAAUCCACACACGGGAGACACCCUACAUGUGCUCUGAGUGCGGGAAAAGCUUCAUUUCGAGCUCUCACCUUAUCGCACAUCAGAGAAUCCACACAGGGGAGACGCCCUACACGUGCCCUGAGUGCGGGAAAAGCUUCAGUUACAGCUCAGUCCUGAGCGCACACAGGAGAAUCCACACAGGGGAGAAGCCCUACACAUGCCCUGAGUGUGGGAAAAGCUUCAAUCAGAGCUCAAACCUUAUUACACAUCAGAAA